CCUUUCGCCCCUCUCCCUGACUCGUUUCCUCUCUGUUCAGAACGGCGGCGCAGCUUCGCUAACUUCAGCAGUAGGUCCACUACAGAGCGGAGUAGCCAGCAUGGAGCGGGAGCUGUUGCGCACUGACACUGCUGUCCUCCGUGGCAUGCAUAACCUCCAACCGUACAAGUGUUAUCCUAUUCGGGGAUUUGACUAUUCAGCAUAAACCUGUUACAAGUGUUUUUUUUUGUAGCUUAUUUCUUCAAUCGAAAUUGAUGAUACAGCGAGUGGUGAGGAUAUAAGGAUAACACUCGUUCCGUUACUUUUGGAGGGAUUCGAUUAACAUUUAUAUUCUUUCCUCGUUCACUUUUAGAUAGGCUACUUUAUAUGUGGACACUUGUUCUGAAUCAUGGGCGACUCCGUAUUCUUGGAGAGGCACAAUUCGUACCUUGGUGACUUCACCUGGAACAGUCUGUCAGGGCGGAGUGUACGGCUGAUGCCGAUGGCCAUUCAGAGCCUGUCAGAGCUGGAGCGGACCUGGCUACAGGAGGUAGCCUUCAACAGGCUCCAUCAAGACUAUGACCUGGGCUGUCAGAUCACCAUCCCCAAAGAUGGACAGAAAAGGAAGAAGUCGCUGAGGAGGAAGUUGGACUCUUUGGCGAAAGAGAAAAACAAAGAUAAAGAAUGCAUACCCCAGGCCUUCGGUAUGGCCCUGUCCCAGGUGAUCGCCAACGACCGGACCCACAGGCAGCGCCAGGAUGGCCUGCGUCAGGACCCUCCUCACAGGGAGGAGCAUAAGGACCCGUCGGACCUGGUGUCGUCCAUCCUGCAGUUUGCCACCAAGAGGUCCACCAAUAAGGAGCUGUCCAGCAGUAACUCCUCCCUCAGCUCCACCUCGGAGACAGCUAACGAGUCCACGUCGCCCAACACGCCCGAGGCUGCCCCGCGGGCACGCAGGAGGGGGGGCAUGUCGGUGGACUCCAUCACAGACCUGGAUGAUAACCAAUCCCGCCUAUUGGAGGCGCUGCAGCUCUCUCUGCCCGCUGAAGCACCCAGCAAGAAGGAGAAGCACCGGGACAAGAGGCUGAGCCUCAACCCUAUCUACAGACAGGUGCCUCGCCUGGUGGACAGCUGCUGCCAGCACCUGGAGAAGUAUGGUCUUCAGACGGUGGGGAUAUUCCGAGUGGGUAGCUCCAAGAAGAGAGUGAGGCAGCUGAGGGAGGAGUUUGACCGGGGAGUGGACGUCCAGUUGGAUGAGGAGCACAGUGUCCACGACGUGGCCGCGCUGCUCAAGGAGUUCCUCAGAGACAUGCCUGACCCUCUCCUCACCAAGGAGCUCUACACUGCCUUCAUCAACACCAUGUUGCUGGACUGUGAGGAGCAGCGGAGUGCCACCCAGCUCCUGGUUUACCUGCUGCCAGCCUGUAACAGCGACACUCUGCAUCGCCUCCUGCAGUUCCUCUCUACCGUGGCCAACCACGCCCACGACAGCCAGGACAAAGACGGACAGGAGGUGACGGGGAACAAGAUGACCUCUCUGAACCUGGCCACCAUCUUUGGUCCCAACCUGCUCCACAAGCAGAAGAGUUCAGACAAGGAGUUUAGUGUGCAGAGUUCGGCCCGCGCGGAGGAGAGCACCGCUGUUAUCGCUGUUCUCCAGAGGAUGAUCGCAACCUUCCACUCCCUCUUCAUGGUGCCCCCAGACCUGCAGAAUGAGGUCCUGAUGAGUUUACUAGAGACUGAUCCUGAUGUGGUAGACUAUCUGCUCAGGAGAAAGGCAUCACAGAGUCCAGACGUGUUGCGAUCGGAGGAUCCUUUCUCCCUGAGCGAGAGGCGCUCCUCCAGUGACUCCAACAAGGUCUCCAGUGGAGAGCUGUCCCCCUAUGACAACAACUCCCCCAUUCUGUCUGAGCACCCGGGGGAAGGGACCAGCCCAGGGUCAGAACAGUACACCCUGGUGAGGCAGGUGGCAGGACGGACACGGGACACCCAUGGGUCCAAUCCCUGGGUCUCAAAAGAGGAGCAUGCUAAUAUCUGGGGAGCUUGGCAUUCCACACUGAAACCAGGGCUGAAGGACCAGCCUUAUGCAGGUUCCCAUAGCAACAUGUCAGAGGGCAGCUCACGCAGCUCCCAGGAAGGACUUGACUGUCUCCAAGGCGAUGCCAGGCAGGUGGUACGACGGACACAGACCUCGCUUGGCGUGGCCGAAUGCAGGCCCCAUCCCCCUGUGACACGGGUCUGUAGCAGCCCUCACAGCGAGGCGGGACGGCCGCGCCUCCUGCUGAGCCUCAACCAUGUGACCCCACCCCAUCCGCACCCCGACAGCCAAUCAGCAGCCAGCAGCGCAGAGGACCUCCCCCAGGGCAUUAGACACCAGGCUAUCCCCAGCCCUAACUACGCUCACUCGGGUCCGCCCCCUCCCCCUUAUGGCGGCUUGUCCUCCAGGCUCUCCCCCGCUGCCUCUAAACCAGCCCAGCCUGUCUCCCCCUCCCCCGCAGCACCCCCUCACCAGCACCCCCUGCAGGGUGGGAGGCCAAUGGUGCCACAGACCUCAGCCUCCCCCACCACGGACAGCAUGGUACCCAUGAGCCAAGAGUGGCAGGACUGGCAGAGGGACAGAUGGCAGAUCUGGCAACUCUUGUCCUCGGAAAACGCAGACACACUCCCAGAGACACUGGUGUAAGCUGGACCAUAGGACCGUGGGGUAGUGUUAGCCAUCCCUCCCCUCUGCCCUCCCCUCCGUCCUUCCCCCCAAACAUGGGCGCCAUGGGGUUGUUUACAUGUGCAGCUGCUGCCUAUAGUACAGACUUGGUACAGAGUCACUAGUGUUUCCUGCUUGCUAUGUAUUGAUCCGCGAUUGAUGUUGUAUCCUGGUCACUCCUUUGCAUGUUAUUAAAUAUUCUCUCUGAGCUGUUUCAGAGAGGAUCAACAUUAAACUGUCAGCAAAACAUACCUCAAACCUCAAGUUUAUCAAUUUGAUUCACAAUUAUUAUUAUUGCAUGUCCAUAUUUCGAUAAGGCCCCAGUUUAAAUUGAGCCGAAUUAAAUAUGUACAAGUGACUUUUGAAGAUAGGAAGGUUUCACGUUUAUGACAACAAUUUGAUAAGCUACAGUCAAUUUACAUGACCAAUCCUACCCUUAUAUAUUUAGUGAAGUCAUCGCAUAUAUUAGUGAUCGCUGCUAGAAUUCAGAAGGUAUUUACUUGCCGAUAAUAUAUCCCGGUAAGUAGCGUACACGUUUGUAUGAACAGAGUUUUAUUCAAUGUCAGUCAUCAAGUAACAGAGCCCAUAGUACAGUUUUGCAACAGUUUGUAUAUAAGCAUUAUAAUGUAUUUUAUGUCGACCUAGCUAACAUUUUUUUACUGGCUGUCUAAAUGUUUGUGUUGUGUGGUUUUAACUCGGUUUAUAAAGAUAAUGUCUGUCAAAGCUUUACUGAACCAAGUUGGGUUCUAAAAGACCAGUACUGUGUCAACGUUCUUUAAUUCCUGUACUCUCUUUUCAUCAAAUGUUUUCUGGGCGUCUAUAAAGUCUCAUCUGCUUUCUCUCUUUUCGUAGUUGACAUUGUUCUUUUAGCUAUUGGAUUUCACUUCACCAUGGUUGCUACAGCAUGGCUUAUCUUACAAGCUCAUAUCAAUAUAAUUCAUUCCAAUGAUUCUCUCAUUCCAUUAGGUGGUUGAUGUCAAGGUUAUGGCUGCAUGGGAAUAUUUUUGGAAGCAGAUUAAAAAGACAGGUUCAUUGCUGGCCUGACAGGUUCAUUGCUGGCCUGACAGGUUCAUUGUUGGCCUGACAGAUUCAUUGCUUUCCCGCUCACUGUAUUUAUCUGAUUGAUUUUGGAUAUUACUAGAUAUUUGCACUUACUCUACUGGACUCUCGGAAUUGCCAAAGCUUUUUUGAUUCCUCCUUUUCAACAACAAAACAAACACGUCUCUUGCUUUUGUCAUUACAAAUGUAAAAUUAAAAAAAAUAUAUGUUUGAGCUGCCCUUUAUUUAACAAGGCAAGCCAGUUAAGAACAAAUUGUUAUUUACAAUGACGGCCUACCCCGACCGAACCCAGACAAUGCUGGGCCAAUUGUGCGCCGCCCUAUGGGACUCCAAAUCACGGCCGGAUGUGAUUACAGCUCUUGAUACUCUAUAAUUUACCUGAUGCUUUUUGCUCCCAAAUACACUAGUAGUCUACAAUCAUUUCCCAGGUUUGUGGAUAUUUGCUGGCAAAUACUGCACACUUUCUAAAUGGUAGUUUGGGUGGUCAUGUUUGUUUCAAUUCGUCUGCAUGUCAAGAGGAAUUUGAAGUGUGAGAGACAUUUGAAUUAUUUACAAGGAUUUGCACAUUUCUACAUAUCUUUACAGUAUCCCUAAGAUGUCAGUACUUGUCGAAUACGCGUCCCAUCUUUACUUCUAUAAAAAACGCUUUCAACAGCUUGUGUUUCUAUGCACUAUCAUCAAUGUCUGUGUGUUUGGAGUCAAAUAUGCCAUAGAUCCAUGCUCUUUGAAAAUUAUUACAACUGUUAUGUCCGUUCAGUAUUGUAAUAUAUGGAAAUAACUGUUUUUACUCCCCCCAAAAAUCAACAAACACAUGUAUAUGGCCUGAGUUUUGAUCUGAUGUCCGCUUUUGUAUUGUGUGUCGUCUUAAAUAUGCCAUUGUGGAAUUAAACGUGAAAGAAGGUG